GCCGUCAACAUUAAUCAGUUCCAAAAUAACAUAAGAUGAUGAGAAACUCCUCCCCAUACAUCAAUAUCUUCGCUAGAUAUGUAAAGUUGCUUUUCUUCUUCUUCUCCUCCUGCUUCCUACAACGAUCUCCUUUGCCGUUUGCAUAUCAAAAAAAGAUUGCACCACUUGUUUUUUUGUUUGUCUAUUUGUUUUCUCUUCAUUUGAAUGAUCGAUGAUGAUAAGAAGCCGAAAGAAAACUCCCAAUCAGUAGCGAGGGCUUUGAUAUCGAGACAUAUUCUGCCAGGUGAUUAGUUGUCGAAGAAUAUUGAAUCAUUUCAGAUCAAUGCAAGAGAAUGCGUCAGACGGGGAAAAUUGUCAUCAAUAAAGUGGAGAAGCAGAAAUCUCCCCCUCGACCAGGCCAGUUGGUUGUGACAAAAUGUCAAAUUUUGGAAUUUUUGCUGAUCUCCCUAAAUCGCCUGCUAAUGGGUUUUGUUUGCCUCUAUAUGUGUUGGAUGUGCCUGCGUUUGCCGUUGCAGGAAAUACCAUUUCAUGCUGUGUUUUGCACAAUUGGAUUUGUUUGCCUGAUGUCUGAGGGCCUCAUGGCCUAUUAUCGUGCCAAUGCCCGCACCAAAUUCUGUGAUCGUUCUCAGAAAACCAAAACCCAUUGGAUUUUGCAGUUAUGUGGUUCCAUAUUGGGUUUAGUUGGAGUUGCCAUCAAAAUUGGUAUUGAGGAGAAACAUUUCCAUAGCGUACAUGGAAUUGUGGGUCUCAUCACAUCCGUAAUGCUACUGUUCACCCUUCUCAGUGGGCUUAGUGCCCUCUAUGCCCACGAAAUGAAAAGCAUCCAGCCCAUGUUGAAUAAAACGCUGCACAACAUUUGGGGUCUAUUGACCUACACGCUGGUAAUGCUGAGCAUGUACACAGCCUAUGAUACGAAUAUUUUCAUCGAGUACUCCUUGGAUGCAGCGACCUAUAACGAUUUUAAAUGGUUAAUACAAAUUAGUAUCGGUAGCAUAUGGCUACUUACCAUCUAUGGACCGAUAUGGUGUCUCGUCUAUAUGAAGCUGUGGGGGAGUAGUUGUUGUUAAGU